AUGGGUGGAUUUUUGAGAACCAAACAAGGAAGCCUUGUGAAUAUUCGUGAACUUGUGUUUGCUUCGACUGUUAACAUACUCGGUAACAUUUGUUUCUCCAAAGACUUUAUUGAUUUGGACGAUGAUCAUAAGGAAAGAAGAGGAUUGAAACAAGCUCUUUAUAGGUUGAUGAAGCUGGGAACUACUCCAAAUAUAGCCGAUUUUUAUCCUAGAUUCGAAGACCCUCAAGGUUUAAAGAGGAAGACUUCAGAGGCUAUGAAUGAAGCCUUUGGCGCAUGGGAACAUAUAAUCAAGGAAAGAAGAGCAACCAGAGAAGCCCAAAAAGAUAUAGAUUCUUCUGAUGAACAAGAUUUCUUGGACACCAUGCUCGGAUCUGGGUUUUCAGAUCUCCAGAUUAACCAACUAACCGUGGAAUUAUUCUCAGGGGGAACACACAGUACAACAUCAACGAUCGAGUGGGCAUUAGCAGAGUUGCUCAAGAACAAAGAAGCCAUGUUCGCACUCCGAGAAGAGCUCAAAAAAGAAAUCGGUUUGACAAAUUACAUCAAGGAAUCACAGGAAAGAGGAUGUGUCCAGGGUAUCCCUAUGCGAUUAAGCAAAUCCACCUUAUGUUGGCUUCUUUGGUCCAAAACUUUGAUUGGUUUCUUCCAAACAACAUUGAAGAUCUUUCCAAACUAG